AUGGCUCCCAAGGUUGCGAUCGUCUUUUACUCCCUUUAUGGGCAUAUCCAGAAGCUGGCUGAGGCCGAGAAGAAGGGCAUUGAGGCUGCUGGCGGCCAGGCCGACAUCUUCCAGAUUGCCGAGACCCUCUCUGGGGAGGUUCUGGAGAAGAUGCACGCUCCUGCCAAGUCUGCCUACCCCGUCGCCGAGCCGGCCGAUCUGCUGAGCUACGAUGCCAUCCUCUUCGGUAUCCCCACCCGUUACGGUAACUUCCCUGCCCAGUGGAAGACCUUCUGGGACAAGAGCGGCGGGAUCUGGGCCUCCGGUGGCUACUGGGGCAAGUACGCCGGUGUCUUCGUUUCCACCGGCACCCUGGGUGGUGGCCAGGAGUCUACCGUCAUUGCCUCCAUGAGCACCCUUGCUCACCACGGGUUCAUCUACGUGCCCCUCGGCUACAAGACCACCUUCGCCCAGCUGGCCAACCUGUCUGAAAUCCACGGUGGCAGCCCCUGGGGCGCCGGCACCUUUGCCGGUGCGGAUGGUUCUCGCCAGCCCACCGAGCUCGAGCUCCAGAUCGCCGAGGCUCAGGGCAAGGCCUUCUACGAGCACGUCUCCAAGGUCAACUUCGCGUGACUACAUGGCAGUGACCAAGAGGAGGAGAAGAAGACAGAGGCUCCUGCCGCCCCCGCUGCUGCCUCCCAGCAGCAGGCGAAGCCCGAGGCCCCCAAACCAGCGCAAGAGACAGAUACCACCCAAGCACAGAGAGAACAGGACAAGGAAGGGCCAUGCGGCUUACCUAAAAAGUGCACUAUUCUCUGAUUCUGAUACCCCUGUUAUGUCUUUGGAAAUGAACCCUGUC